AUGACUUUCCAGACCCUGUGGUACAGCCACCCCCGAAAGUUUGGCAAGGGCUCCCGCCAGUGCCGUGUUUGCGGUAACCAGGGUGGUAUCAUCCGAAAGUACGGCCUCGACAUCUGCCGUCAGUGCUUCCGUGAGCGCGCUGACCAGAUCGGCUUCCACAAGUACCGUUAA